CAGCAGGCAAACAAUCUUUUUUGGGGUCCAAUGUGAUUGUUGAGACUCCCUCUGGUGAACAUCCUCCUCAUGCCAAGUCUCUGGGCAGGUUCAUGAGUCUUUCAGUGCAUUUUGUACACGGAGCCCCUUGCAGUGUUUAGGAGAGAUGGCCGAGAAGAGAAGUGAGGAUCCUAGCGGACUGGACCAUCCCGACGCCAAGAAGGCAAAGCAGGAGCUGGAGCAGAUCAAGGCACAAUUAGACGAGAGCCAGCAACAACUGCUCCUCCAGAAGAGGGAGAAGAAGCAAUUGGAGGACGAGCUGCGACACAAGGAGGAUGCACUGCAGCAUGCCAGGGCGGAGCUGCAGAGGGUGGGCUCCUUAUACAGCGAGGCUGAGAAGGGUCUGCGAUUCAACAUUGCCAUGCUGAAAAGUAAGAAUGAGAAAGAACAAAAAAAGUUCCAGGAAGAACUGCAGUGUCAGAAGGACGAAUGCAAGAGAGUUGAGAAGGAUCUGCGACAGAAGCAGCAAGAAGUGGAUCAGACCAAGGCCAAGCUGGAGCACAGCAAGGCGGAGCUGGAGGUGAAGAACCAGAUGUGGAGGGCCUUUGAUGACUUCUCAAAGGCCAACCAGCUCAACAGAGAACGCUUCCAGGAAGAAGUGAUCCGCCACAGGAAUGAUUUAAUGGAAGCUGAGAGCGAGCUGCGACACAAGCAGCAAGAGCUGGGCCAGACCAAGGCGCAGCUGAAGCACACCAAGGCGGAGCUGGAGCAGACCAAGGCCCAAGUUGAGGUUGAAGCCGCUGAGGUUAAGAAGGAGCUGUGGAAGGCUGUUGACGGCCUUCUCAAAGCCAACGAGGCCAAUAAGGAGAAGUUCAAGAUAGAAAUGCUCCGUCAGGAGGACGACUACAUGCAAGUUGAGAACAAGCUGCGGGACAAGGAUCAGGAGCUGGAGCAGACCAAGGCACAGCUGGAGAAAGUCAGCUCUGAAGCUGAGGAGUUCAUGAAGGCCACGGAAGUCAACAUGAGAGAGACCAAGGACUCAAUGGAGAUGUCCCAACAUGACAUUGAACUUUACGCGCACCAGACCGUGCAAGAUGAAUGAUAUCCUCUGGUACAGCCCUUUGAGACACUUGUGAUUUAGGGCUAUAUAAGUAAACAUUGAUUGAUUGAUUGACUCUAGUUCAGCUCUCCCACCUUUCUUCUUUUGAGAGCUACUUUGCAAAAUAAAAAUGGCCGCUUCUUAUUUUGUAGCAUUAAUUUG